GACGAGCUAACAUGAGGCAAGUAUAUUAUUUCAUGAUUGAUUCAUUUGUUGUUUUAAAAAUUGCAUUUUAGAAACCUACGAGUGUACCACGUAGUAUCAACGGUUUUAUUUAUUGUUUUGCUGAACCAGCAUGAAAAUGUUGCUGCUACAUGUACAUACUCUCACAAUUCCGGCGAUUACAUAUGUGACAUUACCGAAGCGAAUGUAACAACCGAAAUUGAUUUGCUAACUAUUGAUUGCGAACACAUACCUGGUUAUAACGAUGAAAAUGUGACUAUUGUUUCUGUGUGGCAAACAAACUUACGAUACCUUCAAAGCACGAUUUUCGACAAAUUCUCUAAGGUAAAAACAGUUGGUAUUUUUCACUCAAACCUCACUACGAUUUUGGAUGAUGCGUUUCAUUCGUGCAGUGAACUUGAGUCCUUGUCCAUUGAGGAUAAUUUAAUCACAACAAUUCCUAAUUCUGCUUUCAAAACGUGCAAAAAGCUUCGUCGAAUUACAUUGUCCAGCAACCGAAUUGAGACUGUUAAUGAACAUAUGUUCGAGGAAGCUGAGAAUAUCGAGCAAAUAAGUCUUACUGGCAAUCAGCUAUCUUUUAUCGGCGAGACGACAUUUAGAGCUUUGCCAAGGCUCAAGCGGGUAGAUCUAAGUAACAACCUGAUUGUCGACAUUCAGACAAACGUAUUUGCUCAUCUGACCGAACUGGAAGGCGUUAACAUUGAUAGGAACCUGCUUGCUCAGUAUGAUCCUAACUGGUUCAAAACCAACACCAAAGUUACCUCUCUCAAUUUAGGCUUUAACAAAUUUACAUCAUUGGAUUUUGUUGAGUUAGCAAGUUUAACAAAUUUAACUUCAUUGAAUCUUAACGGGUUGAAAUUUUUAUCACUUCGAAACGACGUAUUCCAUAACAUGCGUGGACUUCAGGAGUUAUAUUUAAAUGAAAUGGAUUUAAAGCAAAUCGAUGGAAGCAUGUUCGUGGAUAAUAUUGCAUUGCAAACGAUUUCAAUAACUAACAACAGUAUUGUUAGCCUCGAUUCAUCAACCUUUAAUGCUCUGACUUCUCUUGGAACUUUAAAUUUGAGUAGUAAUCCCUUGAGUUAUAUUGACCAGAAUGUCUUUGACGGUCUUCAUAAUUUAAAAAUUCUUGACUUUAAUUACUGUAGAAUUAUGUCUGUCCAUCCUAACGCAUUCCGAGGUCAACAAAAUUUGAUUAGUCUUCACUUAGGAUGGAAUGAGAUUAUUGGUCUUGAUAUUUUCACUUUUCGUAAUCUGGUCAAUUUGGAAUCCUUAAAUCUAUCAAACAACAAAAUUACUAGAUUGAAUACAAUCACUUAUCAAACAAUGGAAAAUUUAAAAAUGCUAGAUUUUUCAUUCAACCGAAUUGAUGCAAUUGAACGAAAUUUUUUCUCGACUUUUCAAAUUUUCAAUGUAACUGUUAAAAUGGAAGGAAAUCUAUGUAUUAAUUCAUCAUUUAUCGUAACACCGGAUUCAGAUCCUUCAAUGUUUAAGCCUCUUGAAGACUGUUAUAUAAAUUGGGAUAUUUUGAAUCCCUCGUCAACACCCACAACUUACAAUCCAAUAACACCCACAACUUAUCAUCCAACAACAAGUAUUGCAUCUAAUUCACGAGAGUCUAUAGUUUUCUUUGCAGUAACAAUUCCAAUACCCAUUGCUCUACUUAUUGUAGCAUGUGCUGUUAGGAAAAAAAUAUUUUUGACACAAAAUACCAGCUAGGUACGCCGUUGCAUUGAGAUUAAAUUUAUUUUAUGUUAUAAUAUUUUGUACAUUUCCCAAAUAUUCAAUAAAGUUAUUUGAUUUGGAAACUGAU